GUCUUUCGCUCGACCCACUCGUAUCUCCCGCAAUUUUCCCUCAUGCCUUUUUCCCAGGGUGCUUAUUUGUAUUCGAACAAAAGCUCUCAGGACCCGCAAGCGACGUCGCGGGCCCAAGAAUUUCUCACUGGAACCCAGGAGACGCAAAAGCCACUCGGAUGUCGUGUGCAAACAGAAGAUGGGGCGUACCCGACGUCUGCCACCAACUCUCAAAUGUUGGCUUUGCUGGACGACCCUGCACUUCCCUUCUGCUCCGCUCCACAUCUUCUGGACCGGCCGACGAUGAUCGGCUCUAUACAACAAAGGUCUUCUCCGGAGUGGCAUCGCAUGGGGUACGGAAUGGCGAUCACAGACGGGUAA